AGGAAAUGAUAGAUGGAAUUAAUUGGCAAAGAAUUUAGAAGUAAAACACCUACCUAGGUACCUACUUAAAGGUUUCUCUAAUUUUGGUUCGGAACGAUGUCUGCUAUGCGCAAUCUACUUGGUGCAUAUUCAUUGCAACCUCGGACGGUAUAUUGCCAUCGGUUAGCUAAGAGACGAAGUAUAGAGCAUGGGACGUCAAGAUCGAUUCAUAAUGUAUAGUUAGGUAGGUAUUAGUUUUCGAUCUUAUUGGAAAGAGCUAGAAUGAGAACAGGCGUCGUCGUACUCGUUAUUCUAACAUCGCCCUUUCGCCCGGUGGGUGAUUUGUCGGUGUCUAGAUGAGUCUCGAAACUUCACUCCCGUGAAGCGCAACCUAUAGCUACCCUGGCCCGUGGGCGAUGUAUCAUUAGACGUGCCUAGACGGAGCGACAGACUCCAACAAGACAGAAGUACGUCUAUAAAAACAAUGCCUAUUCCGUCUGUAGGAAGAUAUUCCUAGGUAGAGUAAACUUCCGCUUCAAGACAUAUUCUCUUAUCUCUGCUGCGAUGAGGACUCUUGCGAUAGUGGCCCUCCUGGGUGUGACACAUGCUCACUACACCUUUCCAGGGUUGGUGUAUAACGGCGUCACAGAGGCAGACUGGGCAUACGUCAGGAAAACUACCAACUUUCAGUCUCACGGCCCCGUAACAAAUGUCCAAGACUCGCAGAUCCGAUGCUAUGAGAUAGAACCAGGGUCAAACGGCGCGAAGACGAUGGCAGUGAAGGCAGGUGACGCCGUUGGGUUCCGCGUCGACGGCGCCAUCCAGCACCCGGGCCCCUUGGCCUUCUAUAUGGCGAAAGCUCCCGCGGGGCAAACUGCCGAGUCUUUCAGCGGCGACGGCGCGUCGUGGUUCAAGAUCUACGAGGACGGCCCCACGUUCGGGGAAGAGAUUACCUGGCCGUCAGCAGGGCUCAAGGAGGUAUCUGUGAAGAUCCCAACGUGUCUUGCGGAAGGCUAUUACCUGCUGCGCGUAGAACACAUUGCGCUGCACAGCGCGGGAAGUUCUGGUGGUGCACAAUUCUACCAAGCCUGUGCUCAAUUACACGUUUCGGGCGGAGGAUCUAAGACGUUUUCCGGCGUAUCGCUACCGGGUGCUUAUAAGGCUUCUGACCCAGGUAUUCUAUUCCAACUGUACUGGCCAACACCAACAAGUUAUACCAACCCUGGUCCUGCUGUGGUUAAGUGUUAAUCAAACCAGCCACUAUCGUGAAUGGAGCCGAAGGAGGGCGAUGUCGAAUAUUUUCUGUAAAUACUUGGGGAAAUGGUAACAUGGCAUGCAUUGAGAAAGUACCUACCUUACUGUGCUUAUUACGCACCUAGCUCCUUUCACUCAUGUCACGAAAAUUUUGAAGUGGAAUGACUGUACCAUUUCCCCGGCUUUUAAAGUAUGCACUACUUGGUCACUGUAGUUGAAAGUGCUACCUAUGAUUAGUAGACUAUCUCGUUGAGUACCUUAACUAGUACCUACUAGUAGCAGGUAUCUUAGUGUCCGAGGUGGCAUCAUCAUCA